AUGUCUCGUAAUCAGCCUUAUCGUCUUGAAUGUCCUGAAAAGUGCCUACAAGCUCAAGAUGAUGCACUUAAUUCUACAUUUUUUAUUCUAAGACAAACAGGUCCAACAGCUUUUGUUCUUAAAGAAGAUAAUGAACAAACAUUCAAAGUAUUUUUGGGCGAUCAACAUCAAUGCACAUGCAAUGUAUUUCAACGAGAUCGAGAAGUAUGCAAACAUCUAUGUUGGCUUCUAUUGAAACGAUUUCGUGUACCAAGAACUAAUCCUAUGGUUUGGCAAAAAGGUUUGGUUGAACGAGAAAUAAACGAGCUUCUACGUGGAAUAGUACAACCAGAUAAUGAACGAAAUAAAUCACAUCAUAAUCAGAAUACAAAGAAUGAUGAUGAAAAUGAUGGUGAUGGUGAAGUUAAACAACGACCAAUUGGUGAAAAUGAUGUAUGUCCUAUAUGUCAAGAAGAAUUUUUGAUUAAAAAAUUACCAAUUACUUAUUGCAGACAUGGUUGUGGUAAUAAUGUACAUGUUAAAUGUAUGAAAGUAUGGCUGGAUCAUCAAGUAUCAACAGGUGAAAAAACAAUUAAAUGUCCACUAUGUCGAGAAACAUUUGGUACGCCCGAACAACUCAAACAAGAAUUUCGAACAAGUGGUGCUCAACAAGCUGAAAAAUCAUCGAUUCAUUUAGGUUAUUCAUGUCAUCGUUGCCGUGCAUGUCCAAUUACAGGAAAAUGUUAUAAAUGUACAACAUGUCAUGAUUAUUAUCUAUGUCAAACAUGUUUUAAUUCAAAUAUGCAUAAUGAACAUAGUUUUGAUUAUCGAGAAAAAUCAUUUCAACGUUGGAAAUUAGCAACACGUGAACAUUUAACUGCAUUACCUAAUGCACUCCAUCAAAUGUUAGCAACAAGAGAUAUUACAGAAAAUGAUUAUGAUAUUCUUCUUCAAUUAGAAAAUGCACAAAGUGCAGCAAUUAUGGGUAUACCAGAACAUAUUGUUAAAUCAAUGCCAACAGAACGAGUACAUGAUCGAAGUCGUUUAUUACAACAUGGUGAACAAUGUCGUUUAUGUUUAAAAGCUUAUCAAACAGGUGAACGUGUUCGACGUUUACCAUGUCGACAUAAAUUUCAUAUCGAUUGCAUAGAUGGAUGGCUUUUACAUAGUCAUCCAACAUGUCCUAUUGAUGGGCAACUUGUAUGGAGUGCUGAAAUGGAAAUGGAACAAAAAGAAGCAAAACGUUCUGCUCCUACUGCUAAUCGAAAUUUUACAAAACAAGGUACUUCUUCUGCUUCAUCUCUACUCUCAGUUGAUAUGGGUUUAUCUGUUACUCCUUAUCAAGUACGACCACUUAAUAUGCCAACAAAUUCGGAUUUAAAUCAACGAUUACGACGACUUCAUAUGCGUGCACCUCUUCGGCCACUAAUAGCGGCAACAACAAAUGAAUUUCUUUCACCUCUUGAAAUUAAUGCUCAUAGUUUAGGUAUUCGACAACCAUUAUCUUCCAAUAAUAAUGAACGACAUCAAUCAUUACAAUCAUCACCUCCAUUCGUAUGUGAAGAAGUUCGACGAGUAAAUAUUGAAUUUAAUCAAGAUUUUACAUUACCAACAACUAUUAUUGGUCGUCGAUUGCUUGAACGUAGACGCUCAAAUGCUAAAUAA